CGACGGAACUUGCGAUGUUAGUUGGCUAACGAUACUUUUGGGAAAACUUCUGUGUGCCUAUUUAACCCAGAAGGCGGUUCAUACAUUCAUACAUCAUGGUUACAUAAGUGAAACCGGAGAACUUUGAACUAAUACGAAAAGUAGGUCACGGCAACUUCAUCGUGUUUGUGUGUCAGAAGAAUCUCACAAGAGAGCUGGAAAUGUCGUCUGAAGUGCACGACUGUAUCGUCAUUGGCGCAGGAAUUCAGGGGUCCUGCACUGCCUAUCAUCUGGCCAAAAACAAGCAGAAAACUCUACUGCUGGAGCAGUUUGUUCUGCCCCACUCCAGAGGGAGCUCUCAUGGCCAGACCAGGAUCAUUCGGAAAGCCUAUGAGGAAGAUUUCUACACACAGAUGAUGCAGGAAAGCUAUGAGCUCUGGGCUCAGCUUGAGAAAGAAGCAGGUGUUGAGCUGUACAGGUGCACAGGCCUACUGGUUAUGGGUCCAGAGAAUGGCAAGGGUUUCUCAUGCCUAAAGGCCACUAUGCAAAGGCACAAGAUUCCCACAGUGGAUUUGGAGAAGCAGGAGUUCAGCCAGCACAUUCCCAAUGUGGAUCUCACUGAUGGGAACGGAGCGCUGAUGGACACCCUUGCAGGCGUGCUGUAUGCGGACAGAGCCCUCCGAGCUGUACAGAGGCUCUUUCAGUCCAGUGGGGGUGUGAUAAAGGACGGGGAGAAAGUGAUUGACAUUACGCCUGGUGCCGUGGUCACUGUAACCACAGGCUCUGGAGUCUACAGAGGGAGAAACCUGGUGAUCACAGCAGGACCCUGGGCAAACACACUCCUGACACACACUGGACUGCAGCUCCCGCUCAAAGUUGUAAAGAUUAACGUAUGCUACUGGAAGGAGAAGAUCCCAGGCACCUAUAGUGUCGGCCAGCGUUUUCCAUGUUUUAUACAGAUGGAGCCGAAAGAAGGGGAAUAUGACAUUUACGGCCUCCCGUCCAAUGAGUAUCCAGGACUAAUGAAGGUGUGUUACCACAUGGGCAGCGAGACUGAACCGGAUGAGCGAGACAAACAGACGGAUAGAGGGGACAUCGAUAUUCUCAUGCGCUACGUCACCCGCUGUCUCCCUGGGCUGGUGCCAGUGCCUGCUGUGGUGGAGAGCUGCAUGUACACGGUCACACCAGACCACCACUUUGUCCUUGAUUCCCACCCAACCUACGGCAACAUCAUCAUCGGUGCUGGAUUCUCAGGCCAUGGCUUCAAGUUCGGCCCCAUCAUAGGGAAGGUGCUCUCUCAAUUGGCCAUGGGGCAGGUUCCCUCACAUGACCUCUCACCUUUCCGUAUUAAACGUUUCCAGUCCCAUGCCAGAUCUUCACUUUAAGUCCAAGAUCCUACAAUCACAAUGCUACAUUUAAUAUAAUAAAACAGAAUGUUAAUGUCUGAAUAACUGUGCUAUGUUAAUUCAAUGACCAAGAACACUGUAAGGAGGCGUGGUCCCUGUGAUUUUGCCAAAGUAAGACAUGUUCCUGGGUCGACAUAUUUUGUUGAUCCUGGAAGAACAUUCCUGUCCGAACAUUUAGGGCCCUAUUUUAACAAUCUAAGGGCAUGGUCUAAAGCGCACGGCGCAAGUGCACUUGGGCCGUGUCCGAAUCCACUUUUGCUUGUUUAACAAUGAGAAAAAAUCUUGGCGCGCUUGGUCUAAAAGGGUUGUCCCUAUUCUCUUAAAAACUGACCCCGAGGAAACAGAUCUGCUCGUGCACGAGGUUAAAGCGUGCAAGCAGACCAUCUACGGGACGAGCCGGAUUCCACCAAAGCAUUUGUAUCCUUAUGCACACAAUAAUAAUCUUUUACAUUGUAAUCCUUUUUUAUUUUUAAUAUUUGGCAUGUUUGUGUGCUGCUGUAUAUAAGCAGAGUAUAAUAAGCAGAGUGUACGCGCGUUGUACACCCACAUACAGUAUUGGCGCAUAUUACUAAU